ACCACACUCUGAAAAUUCCUAUAAAUUCAACCCAAAACCCUCCUCUGUCACACACCUCAUCUUUUUCAUAUCAGAUAACAUAUAUAGAGCUUAGAACAAUAACACACAUGGAUUCCAAGAACAUGGCAAAGAAGACCCUGAAGAAGACGAAGGGUCGUCAGAAGAUUGAGAUAAAAAAGAUGAGCAACGAGCAUAACCUUCGGGUGACGUUCUCGAAGCGUCGCACCGGGAUUUUCAAGAAAGCGAGCGAGCUUGCAACGCUGUGUGGCGUGGACAUUGCUGUCAUCAUGUUUUCUCCGAGCAACCAGGUUUUCUCGUUCGGAAGCCCUAACGUGGACCCUGUUAUCCAGCGCUACAUGGCGCAGGGUCCACCUCCGCUUCUGACGCUGGACCUGAACGAGGCUCACAGCACCGUGGACGAGGGAGAACUCCAUGCGCAACUCAACAACCUCUCCGACCAGAUGGCGGCGGAGAAGAAACACGAAGAGGGUCUGAAACGUGUGAUGAAGGACGUGGAAGAACACUCGUGGUGGGCCAUGCCGAUGGAUUGCAUGAACGAUGCGCAGCUUGAGAAGUACAAGAAGAUGUUGGAGGAUCUGAAGGAACGCGUGAAUGAAAAACGCGAGAAGCUCCUUCUGCAGACCACUUUUGCUUACAACUCACCCUCUCAGUUUCUCUCAGCUGGAAGCAACAACUCCUUUUCUUCCAGUGUUGAUAACAACUCUGAAACUAUACAUCCGCCAUUGUCGUUGUAGAAGCGCAUGGCUUUUCUGUGACUGAUGAUGAGAGCUUUUUGUGACAACUUCUGACGUGGAACACCUUCUGAUACGAUGCCCUGUUUAAAUUCUUAUAGUAUCUGUUUGUUUAACUUCUAGGAUUCCAUAGUUUUCGUUGUCUUCAAUAAUCUUCAUCAAGUGUUGUUGUUGGUGAAGUGUGUUUUCUGUAUGUUUUGACAUAGGGCAUGUAGUUUCCUCAUGUUUUCUUAUUUGAAUGAG